AUAUAAACAAAAGAGGGUCCGAUUCAAUUUCAAAAACUAGAAGAAUACGCCAAAAUCGAAUGAGGAAUCGACGGCAGGUGCCUACUAGCGACGACGACGACGAACUGCCGCCUCGAAACUCGACUGUCGGUGUACGGAAGCGCAAGAAGUUUCACCUCCCCCCUGACGAGGAGGAGGAGGAGGAUGGUAAAAUGACGGAGCGAUACACGAAAAAGAAGAAGACGAGCGAGAUGCCUGAUCCCGACCCCGAGAGUGACACCGAGGAGCAGGAGGUGGAGGCGCAGCCGGUGGGGGAGCCGAUUAGGUUCUCGGGAAAAGGGAGAGGGAGGAGAAGUCAUUUCGACUCCUUCGAGUACGAUGGUAUUCAGUAUCAGCUGGAGGAUCCAGUGCUUUUGGUCCCUGAGAAAGGAAAUCAGAAGCCUUAUGUUGCCAUUAUAAAGGAUAUUACUCAAAAACAGGAUGGGAGGAGCAUGAUGGUUACAGGGCAGUGGUUCUAUCGUCCAGAGGAGGCCGAAAAAAAAACUGGGGGAAAUUGGCAAUCACAAGACACUAGGGAACUGUUCUAUAGUUUCCACAGAGAUGAAGUGCCUGCAGAAUCUGUCAUGCACAAAUGUGUUGUGCACUUUAUACCUCGAAAUAAGCGAAUUCCUGACCGCAAAGAACACCCUGGUUUCAUUGUGCAAAAGGUAUAUGACACUGAACAGAGGAGGCUCUUUAAGUUGACUGAUAAAGACUAUGAAGAUAACAAGCAACACGAGAUUGAUCUCCUUGUUCAGAAGACUUAUGCACGACUUGGAGAAAUACCUGACAUUGAGCCUGAGGAUGCUAAUAUGGAUCAAGAAGACCAAGCUAAGGAUAGGAGACUUUUAAGGAAGAAGAAUGUUUCACCUUUGGAUGUUUCCAGGGAAGAUGAAGGCAACAAAUCUUUUUCUCUCAAAGCAGAAACUCCUGGAACUGCUCCUGCUGGUGCAACAGAAUAUUACACCAUUCUGUCAAAACUUAAGAUGUUGACUGGGGAAACACAACGUGAUAAGUGGCUGGAAAAGCUUCUUCAGUCAAUUCAGUUCAUGUGCACUCCAGCAAACGGUAAGCAGAACAAUGAGGAACAAGGUGGGAUCAAGAAUGGUGGCCCAGAUCAGAGCAAUGAAGUCGCGAAUAAGGGUGAUGUAUCAUUUGACUGGCCUGAUGCUGCUGUUGCGUCUGUGGCUGCGCUUGAGAAAGCAGCACAUGAAGCACUCUCUGCAGAUUUCCAGAAGUAUAACCAAAAGAUGCGUCAAUUAGCAUUCAAUCUUAAGCAUGUUGUACUGGCACGUCGUCUUCUGAGCAAGGAGCUGGAACCUGCUCAAAUACUUAAUAUGUCACCUAAUGAGUUGAAGGAGGGUUUAACAGCAGAAGAAAUUGCUAGGAGAGAGCCAGAGGAGACGGGGCGCAUGCAGAUGACGGAUGCUCGUUGUAGAAGAUGCUCGGCAAAGCAAGUGGGUUUGACUGAUAUUAUUCAGACUGGGCAUGGUGACCGCUAUCAGUUGGAAUGCGUUUCUUGCGGCAACACUUGGUAUGCUUCGAGAGACGAUGCUGCUACAUUGACCAUAGAAGGGCCUAACUCUGGCAAGACUGUCGUUGGUACUGCACCAUUGGCUACUGCCAAGUUUGAAGAUGUCGAGAAGGCUUUGGUUAGCCUGCAUGUAGCUGAGGAAGGAAUGAGCGACGUGUUGAAGAAAAACACGGAAGCAUUUGUUCCAGUGCUGGAAACUCAGCGAUCGUACAAGGAAAGUCCUGCAACCAACAAGGCCGAGUAAAAUGCAUGUUGUACAUCCUCUAGUUGCUAGUAUUUUGGCCGAAUUUGUUCUUUUUUGUACAAGGUCUAGUUGCGGGCGCGUAUAUACAUAGAUAUAUCCAUAACAUAGUGAUGUAGUACCUAUUAACUGCUAAUGAUUUUGUAUCUAGAUGAAGAAAAUGGUAGAGAAGACUGUAAGGUGACACUUUAACCGGAUUUUUACACUUUCAUAUGCUAAUCAUAUUAGAGAGUUGAGACCCUAA